AUGAAGACAAACACGGAUAUUCGAAGUUUUGAUUUAUCUUACCCACCGGAGCAACACUGGUGGUUCUUCAAUCGCGAUGACGAUGAUGCGAAGAUCAGAGAAUGCUCUUCAAUGAUUCGGUACACUUUCAUUUCGGCUUUUCUCUUUUCUGAUUCACUUCUCCUUCUGCUUCUGCGUUAUCAUUGUGAUGUUGUUGAUGAUGUCGAUUUAUUGAGCGAAGGCGAUGACCAGAUGAAGAUGGCGAUUCGGUUAUAUUGA